ACUUCCUGGCUGGUUGCUAGGACACUCUUGUUUCGCUCCUUGACAACCCUGGCGGGGGUUAGCUGGCUGCGGCCCUGGCUCCGGCCCCCGCGGGAGCAGAACAGCCCAUGAGAUAGGGGAGACCGUCCUGGUGUUCCUGACCUGAGGCUGUACCACUGCACCCUUGUGGAGAGACAUUUUCUGCUCCCACCAAGUUGGCAGGGCCUGCUUCCUGAAUCUCCUGGGUGUGUCUUAAUUGCCAGUCCCAGCGCCUCCUGGAAGCCCCAUUCACUCCUCGAGUGGUCAGAGUGGAAGGACCAUGGGAGAAACAGAAGGGAAGAAAGAGGAGGCUGAUUAUAAGCGACUCCAGACCUUCCCUCUAGUCAGGCACUCGGACAUGCCAGAGGAGAUGCGAGUGGAGACCAUGGAGCUAUGUGUCACAGCCUGUGAGAAAUUCUCCAACAACAACGAGAGUGCUGCCAAGAUGAUCAAAGAGACGAUGGACAAGAAGUUCGGCUCCUCCUGGCACGUGGUGAUCGGCGAAGGCUUUGGGUUCGAGAUCACACACGAGGUGAAGAACCUCCUCUACCUGUACUUUGGGGGGACCCUGGCUGUGUGUGUCUGGAAGUGCUCCUGACACUCUGUCCCCUGCCCCUGCGCCCCGCCCCCUGCAGGGCCUUUUCCUGCCACUCACCUGGGGCGGGGAGCAGCCAGGCAGGCGCUGGGUUCCCAGGAGAGUUGGGCUCUUUUUUUUUUUGUCCUUCGGCGCCAGUCUCCUGAGCCACGCCCAGGAGUGUGUGAGUUUGUGGGCAUCUCUGUACCAGGGUAUUGACAGGGCAGGUCACGGUCUCUCUGGAGCGGGCAGGGGUGGGAGAGGCGUGACAGGGUAAAGGAGGUGGAACGUGGGAUUUCGCUCGGAGGGAUGUCCACCUCCCCACCUUCUUGAGGGCUGGUCUCCCCUUGAAUCCCAGAAACCCACUGCCCUUUGGUCUCCAGCACUGUUGGGAAGUGCCCACCCUCCUUGUCACUUGUGGCCAUACAAAAGUGGCCCCGAGAAGGAGCCAUUCCUCUCAAGGGACAUGGGCAGUUUCUCUCCUUGUUCUCUGCAGACAAGUGAGCCCCUCAGAAGCUCUUCCCCCUUGACUCCAGACUGAACUAACUACGCAUUUUAUUGGGCCAGCAGCACCCAGACCCCUGCUUGGGUGUGAGAACCAAGCAACGCCUCCCAGCGCCCUCCGGUCCUCUCCUCCCUCCCCACCCGCCAGGCCGCAUGAAGAUGUUAUGCGGCCUCCACAGUUUGUGCAGCUGAGGGCCGGGGGCCAGGGUGUGGGAAAUGCCACCGAGCAGUUUCUCGAGGUGUCACCGAGCCUCCCGUGAGACGCCUGGGCCAGGAGUGCUCUCGCCACGAGGCCUGCUGCAGCAGGGAACCUGGCCUGCCAGCGACUUAGCUUCAGGGACCGCAUGCCGAUUUGUACUUCUUAUCUCUGCUGCGUUUUCUAUCUUCUUUUUGAGUGUGGGGAGAAGGGUUUUAGUAGAAGGGUGAAUCGUAUUUUACACAGUGGUCUUAUUUAUAUAAAUGUCUUCGAUUUUACAAUUAAAAUGACCAAAAACUGA